AUGGUGGAUGGCGAGAGCGCUGCAAAUCAGGAAGAACAACUCGAGGACUCAGCGUUUGCGAAAUACAAUGCGCAGGUGGUCGUUCCCCAGUAUAACGAGGAUCAAUACAACAGCAAGCUACAAAGCACGGACUGGACCAAGGACGAGACGGAUUAUCUGAUGGAUCUAGUCAAAAGCUACGAUCUGCGAUGGCCGUUGAUCUGGGAUCGCUACGAGUUUUCACCCAGAGGAACGGAUGAAGACGCUGCCAAUGGAGACUCGACAGCAGUUAUUCCAGCACCAAAGUCACGGACAAUGGAAGAUCUCAAAGCGAGAUACUACGAGGUGGCCGCGAAGAUGAUGGACGUGCAAAAGCCAGUACAGUACAUGACUCGGCCUGAGUGGGAUCUACAUCAGAUGAUGGUGAAUUUCAACCCGAACCAGGAGAGGUUGCGAAAGGAGUUCGCGCUCAACUCCCUUUCUCGCUCUAAGGAAGAGGCUAGGGAGGAGGAGUCGCUGCUUCUGGAAGUCAAGCGCAUUCUCGCGCGGUCCGAGAAGUUCAACGAGGAACGGCGGGAGCUCUACAGCCGUCUUGAUUUCCCGCAUACUGACCAGGACAUCAGCUCCUUCAAGUCAAGUGCAGGUCUUCAGACCCUGCUGCAGAACCUCAUGAACGUUGACAAGUCUAAGAAACGCAAGUCACUCAUAGGUCCCGACGGAGUCAGUCCUGCUUCUGGUGGUCCCAAUGCUCAACCACAGAGUGCAACCUCAGAGGUCGCUCCAAGUAGGCGCGAAAGUAUCGCGGCUGCAGCGUCGUCUGGUCACCGUGAAUCUAUUGGCACAGAGAAGGCGACUCCGGUCGGCAACAAGAAAGGUGCACAGCAGCCUGAGCGCCGCAAGCUUACAGAGCAAGAGGAGCAGAUCUAUGGUGUAUCACAUCAUGAUAGGCUUGGCUCUGGUCCUACGUUCCGUUAUGAGAAGGUCAACAAGAUCUUCACUCACAAGAGUGGCCAACAGCAGUUGCGUAUAACGAACGCACUCAACGAGCUUGAUAUUGGUCCUCGUCUUACUAUGCCUACAGCUCCGGUUACAGCUCAGUAUGAACUACUAAUCCAAGCUGUCACGGCAUUGGUAGACCUUAGAAAGGUGGCUGAUAAGCUGGACGGGGAGAUUAAGAUUGAGGAGCAAAAGAAGUUAGAGAGACAGAAGAAAGCGAGGGCUGCACUCGGACUGGAUGGAGCGAGCGAUGAGCCCUCAAAGGACCAAACUGUUCCUGACUCUCAAGACUCCGCAAAGGGAGAUGCUUCUGGUGCUACUUCUGGGGAAGUCGGCGCGGACUCUAAACAAGAUGAUCAAGAACCUGAAGCAAGUGAGGCCACGGCCCAACCUGAGGCGAAUCCAGACGUGACAGGUGGUGAUGAAGGUGCAGGAGAGGAUGCUGCGCCUCCUGUGGAGGUGAAAGUGGAAGAGGGGGUCAAGGAGAAGACGCCCCGGCCAGGAAGCAGCGGCGCUCACAAGCGUAGUGCCAGCGUCUUGAGCACGACGAGCGACAAAAGCGCUAAGAGGCAAAGAAAAUGA